CCACAUUUAAUGGAUGCCAACCUGUCGUUGAACAUCACCGAAGAAGCAAUAUGGAUGUCCCUGCACCCAGGGCCGCGGUAUACCUCACAUUCAUUGCAGUACAACAAGUCCCGAGCUGUCCCUUCUGGAGAUUACAAUGUCUGGAAAUCCAGCUGUGGUGAUGCGUCUGGUAGCUUCGGCUUACGCUAUGGCAGAGAAGGCUGGAGCCAUUGUACGAAGGGUUCUUCAGAGCGGAGAGCUGGGCAUCGUGGAAAAGACAGGCGCCAACGAUCUACAGACACUGGCAGACCGGCUGGUCCAGCAGAGCAUCUGUGCCUCCCUGUCUAAAAGCUUCCCCAAAAUCACCAUAAUCGGAGAGGAGGAUCUGCCAGAGGAGGCUGUCAAAGAGGACCUGAUUGAGAGCGGUCAAUCUGAAGACAUCCUACAGAAGUCCUGUCCAGCAGAGUACAGUGCCCUGAAAGAAGAGGAGCUGGUUGUGUGGGUCGACCCCCUUGAUGGCACCAAAGAAUACACUGAAGGGCUUCUUGAUCAUGUGACUGUUCUGAUCGGCAUUGCAUAUGGCGGGAAGGCCAUUGCUGGGGUCAUCAACCAGCCCUUCUUCAAUUAUCAGCUGGGGGCGGAGUCAGCAGACAUGGGGAGAACUCUGUGGGGAAUGCCCGGACUGGGCGCUUUCGGGUUCGAGCUACAGGAGGUCCCGGAUGGCCGACGCAUUGUCACCACAACCCGUUCUCACAGCAACAAACUCGUCACAGACACUGUGGAUGCCAUGGAACCUCAUGAUGUGAUAAGAGUCGGCGGAGCAGGAAAUAAGAUUAUUCAGCUUGUGGAGGGGAAGGCUUCAGCCUAUGUAUUUGCCAGUCUAGGAACUAAAAAGUGGGACACAUGUGCCCCUGAAGCCAUCCUGAAUGCAGUAGGAGGUAAGCUGACAGACAUGCAUGGCAGUGCAUUGUGUUAUGAUGCUAACGUGAAGCACAUGAACUCCGCUGGGGUGCUGGCCACUCUACGCAACCACCAGUAUUAUGCCAGCAGAGUGCCCCAGUCAGUCCUGCAGGCUCUCAAGCCCUGAGUGAUAAAUGUACUGUACCACGCAUUGUCCAAAAACAAAUUUGCAUAAAAUGUUCUUUAAUCAAGAA